AUGGAUAUUCUCCAGCUACACCAAAACCGUUACGCGCCUUUUGUCAGCUUUUUUGUUAAGGAAAUUCUUGUCAACAAAGAGGUUCCUAAGUCUCUCGUGGAGUACUUCACCACAAUGAUUGUGUGCCAUCUCCCAGCAGGCGAUACAAUCCGGGAGAUUGGGUUAUUCGUCUAUCACUCGAGGCAACACAAGUUGCCGGACCUCAUGAAAUCGGAGUGGCGAUGGUUAAAUAUUCAUCUCCCUACGAUUGGAGACUUUGGCAUAGAAGACGUGGUCUCUACUGAAACUGCCUUGCUGGAACUCUGGAAGGCUAUGGCUGAAGUGGCAAAGGAUGACGAUAACCUGACAAAGGUCCAGGAGUUUGCACAGGACAGCAUUGAAGACUCAAAGGCAAUGUUGGACACCACCAAGUCGGCUAACGAGACGUUCAUCAAUUCUCAACUCAACGAGCUGAGCCUGUAG